AUGGCGCGGCAGGUGUCUCGCGAUCGGCGAGCAUCAGACAAGGACGAGAAGGAAGGCACAGCUUCAGGAGGGUCCGAUUCGAAACGACGACAACGAGCGAACGCCGGGAGGCGGCACGAGGCGGAAACCCCUCCCGUGGGGAAGAUCGUGGUGACUUUCCUCCUCACGGCCCUAGUCGCCGCGUUGUGCGCGGUGGUGGUGUAUUACACGCAGGACCGCAUGGUGAAUGCUGUUGCAUUACAAGGUUACAAACUUCAUAUGCUGUACAACGACUACACUGUAGCUGCCAAGAAACAGAUCAAUAUGAUCUUAGGGCUCCCCAUGCCAAAAGAGUGA